GAAAGGUGGAAAAUAAAAAACGGAAAGGGCAUAAACGACUGCGGCUGAAAGCCGGAGCCACGGAGCAAGAUCUUUCUAGAAGCUUUAAAUACAACAAAUCAGAAAUUCAGACAAUCACUGUCAUGUCAGCGACCAAAGGGCAAAGCCACCUGACAAAGGACAAGGUCUUUUAUUUCUUUCAUUUCCUUUUAUAAAAUUUCCAAUUGUCUGCUUUUUCUCUCUCUAAAAACAGACAAUCACCACCUCCUCUCUUUCUGACCAAGUCUGUGCCUUCCACCCCUAUAAAUUCGAACACCUAACUCACUCUCAGUGUAUCUCUCCUCAUCCAAAUCAAAACCUCAACUUUUUCAUAGCCAUUUUUACCAUCUUAUCCUUCAUCCUUCCACAAUGUACUCAUCUAUUUGCUAUCCUCUAGCCGCUAGACCCAUCAACAAUUUCUGUCCGAAGAAGACUGCUACCGCGAGGAACUCGGUGCAUGCGGAGGCAUCUUUUAAGCCAGCUACCUCCACGGACAAUAAGAAUGCAGCGCUGGCGGUGGCAGGGAGUUUGUAUGAGAUACUAAGGGUGGAGAGAACGGCGUCGUUGAACGACAUCAAGAUGGCGUACCGGAGCUUGGCUAAGGUGUACCAUCCCGACGCGAUGGGACAGUCAUCGGAUGGCCGUGAUUUCAUCGAGAUACGUAACGCAUACGCGACGUUGUCAGAUCCGAGGGCGAGGGCCAUGUAUGAUAUGUGGUUGGGGGCACGUGGGAGGCGGGUCAGGACUCGGAUGUGCCCUACCCGAAGAUGGGAGAGCGAUCAGUGCUGGUAGAAGAUAGAGGAAGCUAUUGCGGUUAGGGCACAGAUGUUGCUGGGAAAAUGUAGGCAAGUUUAGACAUAUCACUUUACAUGUCAAUGUCGUUAGGCUUUGUUGUAA